ACCUCGUUAUGCCUUAUUUCCGUCAACUACAAAAUCGGAAUGAUAAUACUUGUGUUCAUCAGGAUGUUGUGAAGCUAGGGAUCUCAGCACAGCUUCUCCUAUAGAAACUGACAAGUGCUAAUGAUGGCUGACAGCCUGAAGGCUGCAGUGCUUGCCUUAUGGACCCUUUUCUUUUCAUGUGCAACAUAUCACAUUAUGGCAACAGGGAGCAUACAGAUGUUUGACUGCUUCACUGACUAUGCCAGGGAGCUGACUUGUCACUGGGGAGUGGCUGCACAAACAAACUGCUCCAAGGAAUUCCAACUCUAUUACAGGAAGGAAUAUUUCUCGACAGUAUAUGACACAUGCAUCCCUGAGAAUGGAAAAGGCAGCAGCAUGAAUUCCAUUUCCAACUGCAUUUGCAUAAUUCUGCCCGAAUAUUUCUCGACAGGCCUCGCAUAUCAUUUAGCACUACAGGCCAAUGGGUCGGUGCUAUGGAAUGGCACUCUAAUACUGGCACACAUUGUUAAACCAAGGCCCCCAAAAAAUCUUACCAUUGAGAAGAGUGAAAAUGAUAACUUGUACGUCUUGAGGUGGAUCGAGAGCUACAGCACAGAGGACAUGCUCUAUGGAGAGGAAGUAAACUAUGAAGUCAAAUACUGGAACAAGCAGAAUCCAGAAGAGAAGUUUGUAAAACAGCUUUCCUACCAAACGACACACUUUGAAAUUCUUGCAACGCAGUUGAAGCGAGGGUAUGACUACCUUGUAAGCGUACGGCGUAAUUAUACAGGCAGCUAUUCCACCAACUGGAGUGACUGGAGCAAAGCAGUUGAAUUUCACAGUGAUUAUGGAGUAACUUUAGAAGAUAGUCUGCAGAAGAUUGUUCUCAUAUCCUGCAUGUUGAUCCCAGCUCUGAUUUUAAUCUGUUACUUCUGCUUUGCCAUAGUUAAGAGAGAAUGGUGGGAUCAAAUCCCAAAUCCAGCUAAGAGCCAUCUGGUUGUAAAGAAUGUCAAGGCAGCUCAGAUUUCAGUCUGGAGGAAAAUGCUGUCCACUGAUGAAAUUAAGGCACCUUUCCAUGAUGUGAAACAGACUCACAUGGGACACCAACUAAGCUGUAAGAACUGUCUUGCAAAAUAUGCUCAAGGCCAAACCUUGAAGGGGAAAGAUAACGUCAAAAGUGGUGAGAAACCCGACAGUUGCCUGAAUAAAUGUGGAGAGUGGUUCCCAGAAGAGUAUGAGGCUGUUCUAAUUCCAGAGAUCACUUUGGUUGAAGAUUCUCUUGAAGUCUGUGAGUAUUCAACAAACACUGAAACUGAGAGCCAUGAGGACAACCUGGGUCAGAUCGUCUUGUGUCCACCUUGUGAGAGCAGUGCUAAUAGCUUUUUCGAACACACACAACACAAUGAUGCACUUGCAGAGAUGUUUAUUAAGCUACUAGAAUGUGGAACCAGUAUUCAUGACACUGAAGUUCCAGACUUCAUCAUAGAAGAGCAUAAAAGCUUUGAGAACUGUGAAUCAGAAAAUUCAUCACAGCAAACACCAAAAGAAAAUGUAGUCCAGGAUCAACAGUCAUGUGACACUUCACACACUUGCUCCUUUUCCACUACAGCCUCUCAGGAUGACUACAACUGUACAGCUAGCACAAAGUCAGUGCCAUCAGAAGAUUCUUUUGAAUCUGGUUAUCAAAGUUCUAAUACAGACACUGCUUCUCCCAAGGCAAAGAAUCCUCCAGACAUGUUGCAUCAAAGCCACUUUCUUUGCAGUUCUGAAACUCAGAAUGACUUGUUGGUCUUGAUUAAAAAAUCACCAAAUGCUCCUUCCUCUGAGAUAAUCAAAGACGGAAUAAAUAGUCCAGCAUAUCAGAGCUUCGACAGCCUCAUGUCUCAGUCCACUGAGUCUUGUAGCACAGCAUAUAAGAGCUUCGACAGCCUCAUGUCUCAGUCCACGGAGUCUUGUAGCACAGCAUAUAAGAGCUUUGACAGCCUCGUGUCUCAGUCUACAGCGUUUUGUAGCCCAGCAUAUCAGAGCUUCAGCAGCCUCCUGUCUCAGUCCACGGUUAGCAAUAGCCUGACACAGUGUUUGGAAAACCCAAGCUCUUCACUGUCCUUAGUAGAGUUUCCAGAGAAUCAAAUACUUCCCUGCAGAGAAGAACAAGCCCAUCGACCCCAUGGAGAUCAAAGUUGUUACACCGACCACAAGGGUGACUGCACCGAGACUGCUUUUCAAACCACCUGUUCAGAGGACAUAGACUUUACAUGGUUUUCCUCCCAUGCUCAUGACAAAGUUUCAUUUUUCCUGCCAGAGAAAGAAAUACACAAGCAAAUAACAUGUCAAAAUGUUCCAGAAAAAGCAGCUGCAAUUUCCAGCCCCUCUGUUUCUAUUCCAUCUAGUUACCAGCCUUUUGAUAUUGCUCUUAAACACAAUAAUACACACUGUGACAAUAACAGUGAGGCUAUUUCUGAGUCGCCUUAUAAACCCUUUAUCAACCUUUUAAACAACAACCUCAAAGAAACACUUCCAGCUAUCAUUGUCUGUGAAUCUGACCUGGAGAUAGACUUGUCAAACUUUCUAUAG